AUGGCCCAACAACAGAAUGAUAAUGUGAUGCGGAGGAAGCUCGUGAUCAUCGGUGAUGGUGCCUGUGGAAAAACCAGUCUGCUGAGUGUCUUCACGCUCGGCUACUUUCCAACUCAUUACGUACCCACGGUAUUCGAAAACUACGUGACCGAUUGUCGAGUUGAUGGCCGGUCGGUACAGUUGGCCCUCUGGGAUACGGCAGGACAAGAAGACUACGAGCGGUUGCGGCCGCUGGCAUACUCGAAGGCACAUGUUUUGUUGAUUGGUUUCGCGGUGGAUUCCCCAGAUUCACUGGAGAACGUGAAACACAAGUGGAUUGAAGAAGCCAACGAACGAUGCCCCGGCGUCCCCAUUAUCCUUGUCGGCCUGAAGAAGGAUCUCCGUGAAGAUCCAUUGGCCAUUGAAGAAAUGCGCAAAAAGUCUCUCAAAUUCGUAACGAGCAAAGAAGGCAACGAGACGGGGGCUCAGGUUGGCGCCCGCAAGUAUCUCGAGUGCUCGUCCCUCACGGGCGAGGGCGUCGAUGAUGUCUUCGAGGCCGCUACCCGAGCUGCUCUACUCUCCUUCGACAAGCGCAAGAGCUCCUGCUGCAUUGUUCUAUAA